CCUCCUCCUUCUGUUCACCCUCCUCCCUCCCCUCUUCACCACUCCCCCGGAACACCAAGGGACGUUUUUAAGAGCGGCAGUGAUAUCCUCGCUGUCCCUCUUUUGCAUCGUCACUUCGAAUCGCUUCCCGGUACAAGACUCUGCGUCUUUGUUUCCAAGCCCACAGGAGCGCGGGGUGAAAUUCUUCAACCCCGCUUUACUCGAAUUUUCCCACCACAACACCACAUAGCAAGGUCAUCGCAGCAACACCGCCAAGAUGGUCAACUUCACAAUCGACGAGAUCCGGGCCCUUAUGGACAAGCCCAGCAAUGUCCGUAACAUGUCCGUCAUUGCCCACGUCGAUCACGGCAAGUCUACCCUGACCGACUCCCUCCUGGCCAAGGCCGGUAUCAUCUCCACCGCAAAGGCUGGCGACGCCAGAGCGACGGAUACCCGUGCCGACGAGCAGGAGCGUGGCAUCACGAUCAAGUCGACUGCCAUUUCCCUGUACGGCCAUCUCGACGACCCCGAAGACAUCAAGGACAUUGUCGGCCAGAAGACCGACGGCCAGGACUUCCUCAUCAACCUCAUCGACUCGCCGGGCCACGUCGAUUUCUCCUCUGAAGUCACUGCUGCCCUCCGCGUCACCGAUGGUGCCCUCGUCGUCGUCGACACCGUUGAGGGUGUCUGCGUCCAGACCGAGACUGUCCUGCGUCAGGCCCUCGGUGAGCGCAUCAAGCCUGUUGUUAUCAUCAACAAGGUCGACCGUGCUCUGCUCGAGCUCCAGGUCUCCAAGGAGGACCUGUACCAGUCCUUCUCGCGUACCAUUGAGUCGGUCAACGUCAUCAUCUCCACCUACUUCGACAAGACGCUCGGUGAUGUCCAGGUCUACCCCUACAAGGGCACCGUCGCCUUCGGUUCCGGUCUGCAUGGCUGGGCCUUCACCAUCCGCCAGUUCGCCGUCCGUUACGCCAAGAAGUUCGGCGUCGACAAGAACAAGAUGAUGGAGCGUCUCUGGGGCGACAACUUCUUCAACCCCCACACCAAGAAGUGGACCAAGUCCGACACCUACGAGGGCAAGCCCCUUGAGCGUGCCUUCAACCAGUUCAUUCUGGACCCCAUCUUCAAGAUCUUCUCCGCCGUCAUGAACUUCAAGAAGGAGGAGACCACCACCCUCCUCGAGAAGCUCAACCUCAAGCUGAGCGCCGAUGACAGGCAGAAGGAGGGCAAGCAGCUCCUCAAGGCUGUCAUGCGCACCUUCCUUCCCGCCGCCGACUCCCUGCUGGAGAUGAUGAUCCUGCACCUUCCUUCUCCCGUCACCGCCCAGAAGUAUCGUGCCGAGACCCUGUACGAGGGUCCCCUCGAUGACGAUGCUGCCAUCGGCAUCCGCGACUGCGACCCCAAGGGCCCGCUCAUGCUGUACGUCUCCAAGAUGGUGCCGACCUCCGACAAGGGCCGCUUCUACGCCUUCGGCCGUGUCUUCUCCGGUACCGUCCGCUCUGGCCUCAAGGUCCGCAUCCAGGGCCCCAACUACACCCCUGGCAAGAAGGAAGAUCUCUUCAUCAAGGCCAUUCAGCGCACUGUCCUGAUGAUGGGUGGCAAGGUCGAGCCCAUCGACGAUAUGCCCGCUGGUAACAUUGUCGGCCUGGUCGGUAUCGACCAGUUCCUGCUCAAGUCGGGUACCCUUACCACCAGCGACACGGCCCACAACCUCAAGGUCAUGAAGUUCUCCGUCUCCCCCGUCGUCCAGCGCUCCGUCCAGGUCAAGAACGCCCAGGACCUGCCCAAGCUGGUCGAGGGUCUGAAGCGUCUUUCCAAGUCGGACCCUUGCGUCCUAACCAUGACCUCUGAGUCUGGUGAGCACAUCGUUGCCGGUGCCGGUGAGCUGCAUCUCGAGAUUUGCCUCAAGGAUCUCGAGGAGGACCACGCCGGUGUCCCUCUCAUCAUCUCGGACCCCGUCGUCCAGUACCGUGAGACGGUCCAGGGCAAGUCCAGCAUGACUGCCCUGUCCAAGUCGCCCAACAAGCACAACCGUCUGUACAUGGUUGCCGAGCCCAUCGCGGAGGACCUGUCGCUUGCCAUUGAGGCCGGCAAGGUCAGCGCCCGCGACGACUUCAAGGCCCGCGCCCGUAUCCUGGCCGACGACUUCGGCUGGGACGUCACCGACGCCCGCAAGAUCUGGACCUUUGGCCCUGACGGCACCGGUGCCAACUUGCUCAUCGACCAGACCAAGGCCGUCCAGUACCUCAACGAAAUCAAGGACUCCGUCGUCUCUGGUUUCCAGUGGGCCUCGCGCGAGGGUCCCGUUGCUGAGGAGCCCAUGCGCUCCAUCCGCUUCAACAUCCUCGACGUCACCCUGCACGCCGAUGCUAUCCACCGUGGUGGCGGCCAGAUCAUCCCCACUGCCCGCCGUGUGCUGUACGCCUCGGCCCUCCUGGCCGAGCCCGCUCUGCUUGAGCCCGUCUACCUGGUCGAGAUCCAGGUGCCCGAGCAGGCCAUGGGUGGCGUCUAUGGUGUCCUGACCCGCCGCCGUGGUCACGUCUUCAACGAGGAGCAGCGCCCCGGCACUCCCCUCUUCAACAUCAAGGCUUACCUGCCCGUCCUGGAGUCUUUCGGCUUCAACGGUGAUCUGCGCCAGGCCACCUCCGGCCAGGCUUUCCCCCAGUCCGUCUUCGACCACUGGCAGGUCCUGCCCGGUGGCUCGCCCCUCGACAACACGUCCAAGGUCGGCCAGAUCGUCACCGAGAUGCGUAAGCGCAAGGGUAUCAAGGUUGAGGUUCCGGGUGUUGAGAACUACUACGACAAGCUGUAAAUGGCUCCCUUUUGUGCCGUUAGAAUCACGAUGGGUGCCGGAAUGGGCACACUCUGUCCACUGCCUGCUAGCGAAGACGUGGGGUGCGCUGGUGGCGCCCCUAGCGCAGCUCUGCUGGGCAUUUAAAGCGGUUGGUUGAACACCGGGCCGGCCGGCGACAACACACGCCUACAAGCCGGGUUGGGGCUUAUACCAAGGGAAGCCUGUGAGCUUUUCGCAAAUGUAGUUAUGUCGUCUCGGAUGAAUUGGAACACGUUAAGACAGAAUGCGGGCCCUUGGUGAAUGUGCUGUGUGUUGUACCCUGGGUUAUGCCCGCCUGGGCGGCUUACGUUGUACACAUUGCUCGACGACUUCGUACAGCUUGGUGACGGGAGACGAGACUGCAUUCUAGUGAUGAAUGAAUGGGCUUUACAGCAGCGCCGCCGAUGCCAGUGUCGUCGCAGGCGAUAUAAGUAUAAGCGCUUUGGAAAAGGUACAGAGGGU